GCUUGUAGGGCUAUAAAAGACCACAUGUGUUGUUAGUUUACUAGUUUCAAAUUCAACAUGAAGCAGUUCGCAUUGUUCAGCAUCUUCCUUCUAAUUCUGGCUGUGGGUUUGGCACAAAUGCCGCUGCAGGUGGCCGCCCAGGGCCAAAAUGGACAACCGCAGGGACAGCCGCCAAGACCGCCAAAUGGCAAUGGCAAUGGCAACGGCAACCAGCAGAGUGGACAAGGACAAAACGGGCAGAACAACUAGCACUAGGAUGUUGCUGGGGGGGACACACCUCCUGGCCACUUUCCCAGUUACUUAAAUAAACACUUUCCUCAGCAAACUAAAAA